AUGGAAAAGUACGUGCUGCGUGGGGACGCAGCAGCAGCGCUAGCCGCAUCGGUCGUUGAAACAACUCCAUCUAUACUUCCGAAAAAGCGGCAGCGACAAACAACGAUCCACCACGGACACAAAGUCGUCUCGCAGGAGCACAUGCAGUACUUGAAGGAGGAGCUGGAUGAGGCUAAGACCACCACCGAUAUGCUGAGCAUUCUUGAAGCACUGGAGCAGCUCUUCGUGUCGCUGGAGAUGCUGGAGAAGACGCGCAUUGGAGUCGCGCUCACGAGACUCUUUCGACGAGCUGAGGCUCCAGAGGUGCAAUGUCGGGCGAAGAAGUUGCUGAAGCAGUGGAAAACACGAGCCAAAACGGCCAUGAGGCGCCGGGGUCGACGCGUUGAGACGUACGGACGCAACUACGCCGACUGA